UACCAAUCCGAUCCCGACUCCCCGACGGACCCGGCCCGAACACGCAGAUCUCGAACUCCUCCGCCCUCUCUUUCUCUCUCUCUCUCCAACGACCUGGUGUGCUCGUCUCCGUUUUGACUUCCGCUUACAGAUAAGCAUCUCCCAACAAACCGUGAUCUCGCCUUUGGGAGACCGACGCCGACCCCUUUUUUUCGUUACGUAUCGUCGGCUGAGCUAUGGGAGUGCCGGCGUUCUACAGGUGGCUCGCGGACCGCUACCCGCUUGCAAUUGCCGAUGUUGUGGAGGAGGAGCCGCAGGCGGACGCGAGUGGCAUCCCUAGACCUGUUGAUUUCUCCAGACCUAACCCUAAUGGCAUGGAGUUCGACAAUCUGUACUUGGACAUGAAUGGAAUCAUUCACCCUUGCUUCCAUCCCGAGGGCAGGCCAGCACCGGCUACUUACGAUGAUGUGUUCAGGUCAAUAUUUGAUUACAUUGACCAUAUAUUUUCAUUGGUUCGCCCAAGGAAGAUUCUCUAUAUGGCGAUAGAUGGGGUUGCACCAAGAGCUAAAAUGAACCAGCAGAGAUCUCGUCGCUUCAGAGCUGCCAAAGAUGCUGCUGAAGCUGCAGCUGAAGAAGAAAGAUUGAGGACAGAAUUUGAGGCAGAGGGGAGACUCUUGCCUCCUAAAGAAAAGCCUGAAACAUCAGACUCCAAUGUCAUCACUCCUGGAACUCCAUUCAUGGCAGUACUAUCAAGUGCACUUCAGUACUAUAUACAAUCUAGGUUGAACCGUAACCCUGGGUGGCGGUAUAUAAAGGUUCUUCUUUCUGAUGCAAAUGUUCCUGGUGAAGGAGAGCACAAAAUCAUGUCAUAUAUUAGAUCACAACGCAACCUUCCUGGGUUUAACCCUAACACCCGUCAUUGUCUGUAUGGCUUGGACGCGGAUUUGAUCAUGCUUUCUUUGGCUACGCAUGAGAUUCAUUUUUCAAUUCUAAGAGAGAUGGUAACAUUUUCUGGACAGCAGGAUAAAUGUUUUCAAUGUGGUCAAGCGGGUCAUCUUGCUGCUGAAUGUCGCAGUAAGGCUGGAGGUGAUCCUCUAGACUGGAAUGUGGAAAAUGAUACACCAAUCCACAAGAAAAAGUAUCAGUUCCUCAACAUCUGGGUCUUACGGGAAUAUUUAGAAUAUGAUUUGGAAAUUCCAAAUCCUCCAUUUGCUAUCAACUUUGAGCGCAUUGUGGACGAUUUUGUAUUCCUGUGUUUCUUUGUUGGCAAUGACUUCCUUCCACACAUGCCAACUUUGGAAAUUAGGGAGGGUGCUAUAACUUUGCUUAUGCAUGUUUACCGAAGGGAAUUCUCUGCAAUGGGUGGUUAUCUUACUGAUGCGGGUGAGGUUUUUCUGGAUCGAGUUCAGCAUUUUAUCCAGGCUGUUGCUGUUCAUGAAGAACAGAUUUUCCAGAAGAGGACUCGAAUACAGCAGGCUAUAGAGAAUAACGAGGAAAUGAGGCACAGAGCAAGAAGGGAUCCUCAGGAGCAACCUCCGACUCCAGCAUCUGCGACAGAUAAGGUUAAACUUGGCGAAGUUGGAUACAAAGAAAGAUAUUAUGCUGAAAAGUUUGAUGCAUCAACUCCGGAGGAGCUAGACAAAGUGCGAAAAGACGUAGUUCUGAAAUAUGUUGAAGGGUUAUGUUGGGUAUGCCGGUACUACUACCAAGGUGUUUGCUCAUGGCAAUGGUUUUAUCCAUACCAUUAUGCGCCAUUUGCCUCAGACCUUACGGAUCUUACCGAUUUGGAGAUAACUUUCUUUUUAGGCGAGCCAUUUAGGCCCUUUGAUCAGCUCAUGGGAACCCUGCCAGCUGCAAGUUCUAAUGCUUUGCCCGAAGAAUACCGAAAACUGAUGACAGACCCCUCAUCACCAUUGCAAGCGUUCUUCCCUUCUGAUUUUGACAUUGAUAUGAAUGGUAAACGCUUUGCCUGGCAGGGUGUUGCUAAAUUGCCAUUCAUUGACGAGAGGAAAUUAUUAUCACAAACAAAGAAGCUCGAGAGUACUUUAACAGAGGAGGAGCGUGUUCGCAAUAGUGUGAUGCUUGAUCUGCUUUAUGUCCAUCCUGUUCAUCCUUUAGCUCAGCAAAUUGUCUCCUACUACCAUCAUAACUAUCAGUUACCACCUUAUGCAAGAUUUCUUUGGGCAAUCGACCCAAAUGCUAGCGGUGGGAUGAAUGGAUAUAUUGGGUUGAGCGAAAGAAAUGUCCACAGAACCUUUGUUCCAUCCCCAGUUAAUGGAUUGCCGCAUAUAGAGGAUAACCAAGUUUUAAAUAUCACAUAUCUUUCUCCUGUAAGCCAUAGACACAUCCCAGAACCUCCGGAUGGUGUAAAAUUUCCUGCAAAGGUUUAUCGUAAAGGGCUAUGAUAUCAAACCAUUCCCCAUACUAUGGCAUGAAGACAACAGUGGGCGGCGUCAACAAGGCAGAGACAGGCAAUGGAUCUUGAAUGCUUGCUCAAAUACAUCAGUCGAUCCCUCCAAUAGAUCAAAUAACCAACUUCUAAUCAAAUACAUCAUUUCAACUUCUAACUUGUACCUUCAAAAUCUAGAAUUUAAAGCGAUGUGGACCCACUUUACUUUGUUAUUAAGCUUUCCAGUUUUAUCCCUUUCUCUUUCAGUAAAACUCCAAAAGUUGUGGGAUUAUUGUAGUCAUUAGCUAAAAGCAAUGCUUAAUUUUUUUUGUGUGCAGGCAUCAAUUACCUGGGGCGAUUGCCGGACCACAAUUGGGAGAAGCAGCUCAUCGUCUAAUUAAGAACACUCUUAGCAUCAGGUCAAACAAUGGAGGAUUGCUCGAUCAGCCUCCAUAUACUAACCGUGCUGGUAACAAUCAUAUCUCCAACAGAAGCAAAAUGCCUGCUCCUCAUGAUGGAAGAGGCGGCUAUGGUGAUGAUCAAAACUACCGUUAUGGACACAACAACAACUACUACCAACAGGGUGGGCCUCGAUAUCCAAACCCAAUGAAUGGCGUCCAAGGACCUCGGCACAACUUUAGACCACCAGAGAGGAUACCGCAGAACCACGAAAAACCCCGUGACCUGGGGAUGGGAAUGUCCACUUUGACACUAGAUGAAGAGACCACCCGAGUCAGGCCACCUGCAGUGCUGUUACAGCGGAGGCCGAAUUCAGGAUUUCUGAAGAACUCAAACCACCAGUAUGAGCAGAACGCCGCGGGUCCCAUUCCUUCACCACCUACCAAGUGGAUCAAUACCAUACCGGAUGGAGUGGCGGGCACUUAUUUUAGACAAGAAACAGCCACAAGAAGUGUGAAUGAGAAGCAGCAGGUGAAACAGGUUUAUCUUAUCAAGAACCGGGCAGCUCCGGAAGCUUCAAAUGCCGUAGCUGAUCCAAGCCACCAGUAGCAUUGCAGAGCGGGAUGUGUAACUUUUAACAUGUUCUCUCUCGUCCAGGGUGUUGUAACAUCUCCACCUAAGUCAGCCAUUGGAUGUUUCGGUCAAUUUGUGAGGAUGGCAUAUACCUUAAAGCUGCAGGAGCUGUUAGGGAAAAAGUGUAUACAAGUAGAGUUGUUGUAAUUCCUGGGUUAUUUGUUAGGUCUCUUGAUAGGUAGAAAAUGUGGAUUCUUGUGGAGUUCUAUACAGGAGAAGAGUCAGUUAGUUGCGCAUGUUUCAGGAUAGGUGUAAUUAUUUUAUUAGUAUCCUUGUAAUUGGUGUUUAUUUAUGCUUAUAUCAUUUGUGGCAAUGUCUCUGUUUUCGUUAUUCAAAGACAAACAACUUCUAUAAAGAUUAUCAUUUCCAUUUCAAAAAGAAAAGAAAAGGAUCAUUAUUUCUCGGGGGAACUUUUGAGCUGUAUGACUACUGUGAACGUGACAAGUUCUGCAGGUGGCAUGCGGCAAGGCUGUUGGUGACCUGGGGAGGAUUUCCUGAUGGCGCACAGGGGAGGUGAGAGAAAUAACUCAUGCUCUUGCUAUUCUUGGUAUGUAUCAAGCUGGAACAUGAUGGUUUGGUUUGCUCCCCAUUUUUUUUUUUUUUGCAGAAGACUAACCAUCCUGAUCCUCCUUGAGGUGGUUGCUAGGUGUAAAAGAGACUCUCAUGCUUGCUAGCUGAUUGACACUGCAAGAUCUUGAGGAGAUUCAACUCUAGAGCUGAUUGGGUGGUAAAGUUCAGUACUCUCAAGGUUCUUUGCCCAAGGAGAGGAUUGCCAUUCUGGUAUGUUAAUUGUUAUCUCUCUGACUCUGUCCUCCCUUGGACAAAAAAAGAAGCUAGCUAGAAGAAUCCUGUGACAGUAGUACGUACUUCAAACCGUGUAGUCUAUACAAUGCUCAUAGGAACACACAUAUAAUAGAAGCACACAGGGAGUUGUUAUGAAUGAGAAGGAGAAGCUAGAAAAAGAACCAGUUGGGAGACACCACCACUAAUAUAUAUAUAUAUAUAACGAUCAUUGCAGGAAGUAGCCGCCCAAAAAGAGACCGAAGAAGAGCAGCAGGCUCCCGUAUAUCAAAAUGGCCUUCUGCCCAGAAGUGAGGGCGUUCCCUCCCAGCCCGUACUGCUGGUUCUGGGCGAACCCAGCGAUCUCCACGCUCUUGCUCUGGAAGAAGCUCCGAGCAGCUCCGCAGGUCGGGCACCUCCAGUCCCCAGGGAGCUGCUCGAAUGGCAAGCCCGGUGGAACCGGGUACGAGGGGUCACCGACGGCCUCAUCGAAUGUGUACCCGCACGACCUGCACUCGUAGAUCCCCGUGUUCAGCACUGCAAACUUCUCCUCCAGCCUCCGCUUGUCGAAUUGCUGCUCGAUUUCAGUUUCUGAGGGAGCUGAUGAUAGCUCUGCCGCCGGCUCGCUGGCGGGUUCGGAAGUUGGCGGCUUGUCCUCCUUGGAGACAUCAAUGGAGGAAACGGCGAGAAGGGAAGGCCUGUGGGGUUUGUGGAGGGAAAUGGAGGGUGGCGUUAGUUUGUGGAAGUGGCAUUUGGUUGUGGGUUUUGAGUGAUAAUGGGAUGCUGUUGUGAGGUGGAAGGUGAAGGUGGGUCUUGUGGCUGCGGACGCCAUGGAACUGGAGAAAUUGAAGUUAUAUGCCUGUUGCUUUUUCAGUGGAGGUUUUUGGCUAUGGCGCGAGGGUUGGGGUUCUGGGUGGUGGAGAAUUGAAAAGGAUCCAUUGUAGAGGUCAGGGGAGCAUAUGCUGCUUGUUUGGGAAGGGAGGCGGAUAAGGUGGGGAAGUACGCUCAGAUCAGAAGGAUUGGAACAAAACAUAGUGAUGGGCUUGUUGGGCUGGGCUUCUUGGUUGUGGCUGGACCCAACAAGAAAUUGGCCAGGCAGUUAUUGGGUUAAUUGUCAACCUAAUCGCUAAUAUGUUUUAAGGGGUAAAUCUUUAUUCGCUAAAGAUGUGGUAGGUUGGCUGACAAUAGAGGUUUUAGGUCAGUGAAUAGCCAAUAACUGAAAGUCAGUUAGCGGUUAAUCGAUAAUCGAUUCAACUAUUAGCUAACAUAAAUUUUAGGCAUUCUAAUUUGAUUUGAAUUAUGAAUUCAUGGUUGAUGACGGAUUAGAACCAU